AACCGGAACCAGAGUGAGUGGGAAUGGCUGCUUUGCGUGCUGUGCUUCGUCACAUACAUUUGUACUCCAACUGCUUCACGCGCCCACCCGUGGAUUUGGUUUCUACUCACUGUGUUAUUUCGUGUAAACCUUCGAAAACGGUGAAACUGAAACCCCAUGCUCGUGCUCUUAUCACGUGUUCAAGUAAUUACAGGGUGGUGGUGAAGAAAGAUGAGCGGUUGGGGGAGUAUGUGGAGGGCGGAGUUCAUGCGACGACAUCGACAAUUGCGGCCAUUGUAACAUCGUUGGGGGGUCCACCAGCUGCGGUCGGAAUUGUUCGGCUUUCGGGUCCUAGUGCGGUAUCUAUAGUGGGUCGAGUGUUUCGACCCGCCAAGAACACGUGGCAGCCCACCAGCCAUGUUGUGGAGUACGGCGUCGUUUCCGAUUCGGAUGGAAAUGUGAUCGAUGAGGUUUUGGCAGUGCCGAUGUUAGCCCCGAGAUCCUACACUCGCGAAGACGUGGUUGAGCUUCAAUGCCAUGGCAGUGAAGUGUGUCUUCGUCGCGUCCUCAGAACUUGUUUGGAAGCUGGAGCAACACUUGCUCAACCAGGUGAGUUUACUCUUCGUGCUUUUCUGAAUGGUCGUUUAGAUCUUUCACAAGCUGAGAAUGUUGGAAGACUCAUCACAGCCAAAUCUGUUGCUGCUGCUGAUGCGGCACUGGCGGGAAUCCAGGGGGGUUUCUCUUCUCUUGUCAGAUCGUUGAGAACACAGUGCAUUGAUUUGCUUACUGAGAUUGAAGCUCGUUUAGAUUUUGAUGAUGAGAUGCCACCUCUUGAUUUGAAUCUGAUUAUGGAUAAAAUUCAUAGCAUGUCACGGGAUGUUGAUAAUGCAUUGGAGACAGCAAAUUAUGACAAGCUUUUGCAAUCUGGAUUACAGAUAGCAAUUGUUGGCCGUCCCAAUGUUGGCAAGUCGAGCCUUCUUAAUGCAUGGAGCAAAAGUGAGAGGGCAAUAGUUACUGAAAUUGCUGGAACCACCCGAGAUGUGAUUGAAGCAAGUAUCAGCAUCAAUGGCAUUCCUAUAACCCUUCUUGAUACUGCAGGCAUUAGGGACACUGAUGACAUUGUGGAAAAGAUUGGCGUAGAGCGAUCUGAAGCAGUUGCUAGGGGUGCUGAUUUAAUCAUCAUGACUGUGAGUGCUGUUGAAGGGUGGACUUCUGAAGACACCAAUCUUCUUGAAAGGAUUCAAUCUACUAAGGGAUCAACUGGAUCUUCCACCCCAGUAAUCCUUGUGGUCAACAAGAUAGAUUGUGAACCUUGUGCUGAGACUGAGUGGAACAAAGGAUGUAGUCACAAACUUUUCAGUAAACAUGUGUUUACAUGUGCUGUUACCGGUCAAGGAUUAAAAGACUUAGAGAGGGCAGUAUUAGAGAUUGUGGGUCUUGAUGGCAUUUCUGCUGGAGGUCGCAGAUGGACUGUCAAUCAGAGACAAUGUGAACAACUUGUUCGGACCAAGGAAGCAUUUACAAGGUUACAAUCAUCAAUAAAGGAGGAUCUACCUCUGGAUUUUUGGACAAUUGAUUUGAGGGAUGCUGCAUUGUCCCUUGGACAGAUAAGUGGAGAAGAUAUAUCAGAGGAGGUUUUAACAAAUAUAUUUGGCAAGUUCUGUAUUGGUAAGUAGAAGGCUCCCUAUAUGUGCAUGAUGAUUUUCAGCAUAUUUUCCUCUACAUCUUUUCAAUCAAAAUAUACGAGGCUAUAUUCCAUCUGGGUCUGUAUAUCUCUCUCCCAUGGAUUUAAUCAUUUAAAGCCGUGGUGAUCAGUUUUGUUAUAUAUUUCUCAUACUGUUAUUAUCACCUGACCCGCUUUUUGGUUGGGAUCAAUGGCGAGAUCAAAUAGUUCCCAAAGGAAGUUGGUGACCUUUAUCACCAUUUUUAUCUCACUCUUGCAUCUACUUCAGCAUGUCAUGUCUGAAUAAUAAGUAGUAUUUAUUAUAAUUUUUUAUAUUUUGAAAUGAAUGGUUCAAAUCGAAGUGAAAUA